UUUUUCUUUCUUUAACACUUUGCUUUUGCUUCAUGUACUGUCUUUACUUGACUUUUCCUUGUGUUUGGUACGAAACUCAGCUUCUCUCCUUCUUCUUCCCCAAUCUUUGCGUGUGGUCUAUCUUCCUCUAAUCUCUUCGUCUAAAUUCUCACUCUAUUAGCAUGAUGAUUGUCAAAAGAUCGUCAGAUUAUACCACAUGAUCAUGCUCUUCCUGAGAACUAACUGAUCAAUCAAAGCUUGUUUUGUGGUGUGAACCAAACCUCUUUAGUCUUGUUCACUUCUCAGUUUUAAACUCAUGGGGAUCUGUAAUGGUAAACCCAUCCAGCGAUCAAAAGAGAGCCGCAGCCAAGUUUCCGCAGAAACCGAUGAAACCAGCGAGGUGGGUCUGAACAAGAGCUUCGGGUUCUCGAGACACUUCUCCACACACUACGAGAUAGAUGGCCAGGUAGGUCGUGGAGACUUGGGGUACACUUGCUCUGCCAAGGGUAAAAAAGGCAGCCUGAAGGGUCAAGAAGUUGCUGUUAAAGUCAUUCAUAAAGCCAAGUUGACGAAUGCACUUAUGGUCGAGGAUGUUAGUAGAGAAGUUAAGAUAAUGAGGGCUUUGACUGGUCACAAGAACUUAGUCCAGUUCUAUGACGCGUUUGAAGAUGAUGAAAACGUUUAUAUUGUCAUGGAAUUAUGUAAAGGUGGUAAUCUCUUUGAGAAAAUAAUUGAAAGGGGUUGCAAAUACGCAGAAGAUGAUGCUAAACAUGUAAUGGUUCAGAUUCUUAGUGUUGUAGCUUACUGUCAUCUACAAGGUGUGGUUCACCGUGACCUCAAACCAGAGCACUUCCUGUUCAGUACUAAGGACGAGACUUCUCCUCUAAAAGCAGUUGGCGUUGGUUUCUCUGCUUAUGUCAAGCCAGACGAGAGGUUGAAUGAUAUUGUAGGGAGUUCUUUACACGUAGCUCCUGAAGUCUUGCACCGUGCAUACGGUACAGAGUCUGACAUGUGGAUGGUUGGAGUGAUGACUUACGUUCUUCUUUCUGGCAGUAGACCCUUUUGGGCCCCUACUGAGUACGAACUCUUUCGCGCUGUUCUUAAGACAGAACCUAGUUUUGAAGAAGCUCCUUGGCCUUCACUGUCACCUGAUGUUGUAGAUUUUGUGAAAAGAUUGCUACACAAAGACUACCGUAAGAGAUUAACUGCGGCUCAGGCUUUGUGUCAUCCAUGGCUAGUUGGCUCUCAUGAAGUGAAGAUACCAUGUGAUAUGAUCAUAUACAAGCUUGUGAAAGUGUACGUAAUGUCAACUUCACUGAGAAAGUCAGCUUUAGCGGCUCUUGCCAAGACAUUAACUAUACAGCAGCUAGCUCAUCUGAGGGAGCAGUUUACAUUGUUGGAGCCAAGCAAGGAUGGAUAUAUCUCCAUGCAGAAUUUCAAAACAGCAAUCUUAAAGAGCUCAACUAAUGCUAUGAAGGAUUCAGGAGUCUUAGAUUAUGUUCACAUGGUAAGAAAUAAGCUGUCUUCAAUACAAGAAGCUAGACUUUGAAGAGUUCUGAACUCAGACUCGGGUCAUCAUCAGUCCCUAUGCAUGCUGUACUUCAGGAUUGGAUAAGACAAUCAGAUGGAAAGCUUAGUUUCUUGGGUUUUGUCAGACUACUACACGGCGCGUCUUCUCAGACAUUACAGAAAGCUUAGGAGGAGCUUUGUUAUAGUUGUUAGAGCUAUCUUAGGUGGCUCACGCUUUGCGUGUGUGUGUUUGUGCAUAAGUAUUAACUCUUUAUUUUACAAGUAUUGAGCAAUACUAAACAGGAGAAAGAUGGUCAUUAAAAAAAAAGUUACAAAGAAAUACAAAAACAAACCUUUCACUAA